GAAGUGAAUGGAGUCCGGUGUAUGGCAUGGAGGGACACUGCAGCAGAUAUUACUCUGGUUAAAGCAAGUCUUGUCAGGAAGGAAGAUUAUUUGCCAGGUGAAGAUGUAACUGUUGUAGCCUUAUCUAAGUAUUUUGUCAGGGUGCCUUUAGCUAAAAUCCACCUGAAAUGGAAGGGUUUGGAGGGCACCAUGGUUGUGGGAGUAAAAGACAUAAUCCCUAAGGAUAUUAUGAUUGGAAAUGAUAUUCAAGCUAUGGUCAGUCAAGUUAAUACAAACCAGGCACAAGAGAGGAUUGAUCCUAAGGUUGUGCCUAUGGAGGGUUUCUCCAAAAGUUUGUCUUUGGAAAGUAGCUGUUUGGCUGUGAAUGAAGUUUCUGAAUGUCUAUCUAAUGUCUCAGAAGUAAAUCUGGAAUUAGAUCAAGCGAAGGGAGAGGAGAACAAGGAGAUUUUGGAUGAGCCUAGGCAGUCUGGUGAGCUGAUGGCUUUAUCUAGUCAGCAGUUUGGGAAGGCAAGGAGAGUGGAAAAUGAGUGUCCCUAUACCUUAUCUGUUUCCUGUGCGAAGAAUAGUGACAGUGAAGGAAAUGUGCCUGUGUCUGUCAGGGGUGUUGACUUGCCUAUGGAGGAAGCUACCCCAGUCUCCAAGCAGUUGUCUGUGAACAGCCCGGUUUGCUGGGACAAGGGAAAUGAAAUCCCAAACUGUAUGUCUAGUAAAGAAAAAUGUGUCUCCAACUCUUUUUUGUCUGUGGAGCAGACAGAAGGUGCCUUUCGGCCUGUGAUGGUUGAGAGUAAUUUAGCUGUCUCAGAGUUGGUUCUGGAUUCAACUAAAGCCCAGGAAGGGAAUGGUCCUAAGUUUGCAUCUGCUGGGGAGAAUGGCACCGUAACUAGGUUGCAUCCAGUUAGUGUCUUAGCAAAAUCCCAGAGACCAGACAAUUCUGGUGCUUGUAUUUUGCUUGUUGCUCAUGUGUGGUUGGAGAAGGGUGUUAUAACUCUGUCUGAUCAGGGUGAUACCCUAGCCAGGGCACAAGGAGAGCAGAAAGGUAAUUUGGUUGUGGUACCUACGGACAGUUUAACAACUUGUAGCAAAAAGGAAAAAAUUCCUAAGCUUGUGUGUGGCAAAGAGAAGGGAAAUAUUUCUAACCUUUUAUCUAGGAAGUCUAUGGGUUUGCCUGAAAGGGGAUUGUGUAGAGAUCUGCCUGAUGGGCCAAAGGUGGUCCUGAAUGCAAGUAAGACCCAGACAGAGUCUGUUGUUGCUCAGGAAAGUGUUCCUUUAGAACAAGCCCUAGGUGAAGAGGGUAAGGGCAGAAUUUCUGUGAAGGGUGAAUUGCUGCUUAGAAAAGCUCUUGGAGAAAGGAAUCCUCAUGGUAAUCGGUGCAAGCAGUUCCCUGCAACUGAAGGGUGUGAGAGUGAUUUAAUCAAGGAAGUUUCAGUUCCUAGCAGCCAAAAAUUGUCUGUUGUGAAUGGAUCCACUGACUUUCCUUUGAAAAGAUCCAGUGUGGGUAGCUUUGAGAAUGUCUCAGAGGAAGUAAAAGUUGUUAAGGAAUUGAGGCAGCCCUAUAACCAAGUGGCUGUGUGGGGCAAACUUGUUGGGGAGACAAUGGUGUUGGAACAGGAAUGUCUCCAUUCUGAUUCUUUAAAUGAGCAGUUUGUGCUUCAGGGUUUGAGGACAGAUUUGGUUACUGAUGUGUCAGAGCAGAGCAGUUUUAUGGCUAAAUGCUUGAGGAUGCGGGGGAGAGCAAGCAAACUCUCACCCGCAGACUCUUUGGAUUUGUGUGGUAUCUCUUUAAGACAGAGUCUAGCCUUGGAAAUGAUAGCAGUUAGGAAUAUGAAAACUGGUGGACUGGCUCUGGUCUGGGGUAGUGCAAAUUACUUGCCUGGCUGGGAAAGGGAGGACUUGCUAAUAGCUGUUAGCACAGAGGGCCCCCCCAUCAGCCAGUGAAUUCUGUUAAGCAAGAGAAAUCAGGGUUUGAUCCUGCAGGACAAGGAGGAAAGAGAAAACUGAAUUUGGCAAAGGGAAGCCACAGGUUAACCCUAAAAUGCCUUUCUCUUCCUGAAGUUCCCUGUCUCAUUCACUCACACCUUGCAACUUCUACAACAAGUGAGACAAGAAUCCUACACAUCAUUCCCUACACAGCCCUGAUUGAUUCCCAGAGCAGGUCCAUCCUAUGCACUGAAGAGGGAGGGAUUCUGUGGAGGGGGGAAAUGUGAUUGUAUAAUUUAAAGACCAUAUCGUUGCCACUUUUCAACCUGAGGGACUAGUCAAAGUUUGGGGCCCUAUGAGUGUUGGGAGUAGAAAUAGGUGUAGUCAGUUAUUUCUUUGAUGUAGUUUUGCUUAUUUACCAAGAACGUAGAAAGUCGUGUGUCUUUCAGUGCAGAAGGAUUCAAAGAGCAGGAAAUGGCUUCUUUUGCUCACAGCACCAGGAACAUUCUUUUUAGUUUGCACCCCUGACCCACAAACCUCCUCCCAGGUUUCUUCCAGAGUCAGCCACCAUGU